AUGCCAAAGCUUCCUGAACCAACUGAAGCAAGGAAUAUGAGUAGAAGAGCGCUAGCAUCCCUUGCUCUCUAUCGAUUGCUCACCGCCGUCUCAUCCAAAGGAAUAGAACUGGAGGGCGAACUUCCCAUCUGUUCCCGUCUCAAUGAACUCUUCAUCAUAGAUCGGAGAGCUCAUUUGAUAUAUCACGAAUGCAGUGAUCAAGCAUCAGGCGGAAUGUAUUGCUACCUCUUCCUCCCUCCACCAUUCUAUAAGCAAAUGCUUGCGGGUAGGAUUUCUCUCCAGAACCAUCUUUCUUAUGCAAUUCGAGGAGAAGCGAGUAAACUUGCCUGCACCCUAAUUCUUGGUAGAGUUAUCAAAGAACUCCCUCGCUUGGCACAACAGCAAAGAGAACUACAAUUCCAACUGGAUCCAAUGAGAAGAGAAUUCGAACACCAACCCUUAAGACUGGAAUAUGCGCAGAAAAAAGCACCUUUUUUCACUUUAUCACUGGAUUGCGAACUUACUUAUCCUUUUGAUGAGAAUGCCACUACUCUUACUUACUAUCUUCAAACCCGCCUAUUGGCGUGUCUGGAUCAGGUGAAUCGCUUGGCUAGAUAUCUCCUUAAGCGAGAUAUCGUUAACUCCUUAGUUCCUUAG